GUCUCGCCCGAGUCCCGCCGGACCCCGCCCCUCCAGGCCCCGCCCCGAGGCGGUGCUAACCCAGCCCCCGCCCCUGGAGGGCACUUCCGGCGCAGCGGAAUUCCGGGUGCGAGUGAUCGCUGAGUCGGCCUCUGGUCUUGGAGGAGGCCCAAUGAGUGCGGCGCCCCUGGUGGGCUACAGCAGCAGCAGCUCGGAGGAUGAGGAUGAGGCCAAGGCCGGGGCCCAGGCGCAGCCGGGGGCUGGAAGCUGCCCUCGUGCCCAGAGCCCCCUUCCCAGCCAGAGGUUGCCAGUACCUGACAGUGUGCUGCACAUGUUCCUGGGCACCGAGGAGGGGCCUGAAGAUGACAGUGCAAAACAUGGGGGCCGGGUGCGCACGUUCCCCCACGAGCGGGGCAACUGGGCCACCCACGUCUAUGUGCCGUAUGAAGCCAAGGAGGAGUUCCUGGACCUGCUCGACAUGUUGCUGCCCCGCGCACAGACUUACGUCCCCCGGCUGGUUCGGAUGGAGGCGUUCCACCUCAGCCUGUCCCAGAGCGUGGUUCUGCGGCAUCACUGGAUCCUCCCCUUCGUGCAGGCUCUGAAAGACCGCAUGGCCUCCUUCCAGGGAUUCUUCUUUAUUGCCAACCGGGUAAAGAUUUAUACCAACCAAGAGAAAACAAGGACGUUUGUUGGGCUCGAGGUCACCUCAGGGCACGCCCAGUUCCUGGACCUGGUUUCAGAGGUAGACAGAGUCAUGGAGGAAUUUGACCUUACCACUUUCUACCAGGACCCCUCCUUCCACAUCAGUCUGGCCUGGUGUGUGGGUGACGCGCGUCUCCAGCUGGAAGGGCAGUGCCUGCGGGAGCUGCAGGUGGAAGACAAUUGUGGACGAGUUUGAAGACUCCGAGAUGGUGCUGCGUGUGCACGCCGAGCAGGUCCGCUGCAAGUCUGGGCACAAGUUCUUCUCGAUGCCUUUGAAGUGAGCACCAGAGGCCCUCGUCCCAGGCCCCUCUGCAGGCUGGGUGGAGAUGGAAGAGCCUGCUCCAGUCCAUGGGGACGCUCCCAGCCUCCCACUGGGGGGCCUGGCCGCGGUCUCUGGGUGCCGGGGUCCCUGGGGGCUGGUUCUCUCCUGGCCCCUCUGGGUCGCAGGUCCAGCGCUGGUACGUGUGGUCAUUGUCAGGAACCACCAGUAGAGGGCAGCCUGGGCCUCCUAGUUCUAGGUCUGUGGACCUGCCCCGCACAAAAGAAAGCAGGGUGACCCGAUGAGCCCGCCCAGACUCAGCCGGAAUCCCCACUGCAGCCCCUCCAACAAAUGGCCCCUCUCCCACACCCUUCCCCUUCAGCUGUUUGGAUUUUGAUGCCCUUGGCCGCCACCAGGGCUUUUAAAACCAUCAUGUCCUGGCUCUUCCCCACUCAAGCUAGACACAGGUGCUUGAAUGGGUCUGUCACCCUCCCUCCUCGAAGCGUGUCACUUUUAUUUAUUUAUUUAUUUUUAGUCUCACCCCUCCUGUGCCAGCAGAGGGCAUUUCAGGGCCAAGGUACAGAGUGCUAAUUUGUGGUUCUACAUCGGUUUUCUCCAUUCCUGCCUCCCACUCGCCCCCAGCCAGGUGCCUGGGGAGACGUGAGCAGAUGUUUCAUUUUGGCCUGGCUGGUGGCUCUAAGCCAGGCCUCCAACGCUCUGUGACCUCUGGCUUCUCAUCAGCUUUCCCAAAGAGGCAGAGAGGCGCCUUCCCCCAAAGUUCUCUUUCCGCUGCCUUCAGCUGCCUGCUGUGGGCUGCAGGCGUUCCGAGGGGGCCGUGGAGGUGGGGUCAGGGGGCACCCAGGGACUUUAUUUUUCAUCAAGCCUUCACCAGAGCAAAAGGCCAGUCCUCCCUGGUUGUCACCUGGAUCUUUGGUGAUGGAUAAAGAGAUAUUUUUAUGUGGUAGUCUUAAAUUAUGUUCGACAAAUGAAAAUUGCAAUUUUAAUUUUG